AUGCCAAAGCCGGGUCUGACUCCGGAUGGCGGAUCGAAAGAGCCUUGGGACUUGGAGCCGGCGUUUGGAGAGCCGGAGACCGCAAAGGCGCUCGGAAGGACGUCAGACGGAUCCCUCGGGCAGUUUGAACUCGGUUCUGGAGGACACCUUCCGGACGCCCUUGAAGUCUUCAAGGAGAAGUUCAAAGACUUGACUGGGCAAGAUCAGCCUGUAACGUCCAAGUACACCGACAUCGAAAUCGGAUUGUAUAGCCUUCUUGACGGGUGGAACAACCCCGUGAGCAAGCCUUCACAAGUCAAAGCCAACCAUCACAAGAUGAUAUACCCACAGCCAACCUCGCCCACUCCCUCCGACCUCUCCAAGCCACGCACAUCCUCACACCUCCACAGCGACCAUCUACCCGACCGAGCGGAGACCACGGGCUCCUCUUUCGCAAGAGCACCAGAGCCUCUUUUUCCAACCUGCCCGUCCGCCUCGACCGGAAUCCCCGCGCCUCCCACCGAGUGA